AUGGCGCCCCCUUGUGUUUGGUGUUUGGACCCAAAAGAACCGAAAGGCAAUAAUGAUGUAGUAAGGGACAAACGGCUGCAGCAAUUCUCCACAAAGAGCAGUGUGGCCAGCAAGAAGCCAGCAGAAUGGGCUCAGAAGUGGACAAGGGCCACUCUUCCCACCUUCUGGGUCCUGCUGAAAACCCCUCUGGAUAUUCUUCCAGCUCUGGUGGAGAAGCACUCACUGACUGAGAUCCGGCUGGGGUACUACGAGACUGGCAGCAUCCGACCUGGAGUGAUAGGGGGCUCCAAGCCCAAGGUGGCCACUCCCAAGGUGGUGGAGAAGAUUGGGGACUACAAGCGACAGAACCCUACCAUGUUUGCCUGGGAGAUCCGAGACCGGCUCCUGGCUGAAGGCGUCUGUGACAAUGACACUGUGCCCAGUGUCAGCUCCAUUAACAGAAUCAUCCGGACCAAAGUGCAACAACCAUUCAACCUCCCCAUGGACAGUUGUGUGACCACCAAGUCCCUGAGCCCAGGACAUACACUGAUCCCCAGCUCAGCUGUAACUCCUCCGGAGUCACCCCAGUCAGACUCCCUGGGCUCCACCUACUCCAUCAAUGGGCUUCUGGGGAUUGCUCAGCCUGGUGGUGACAAGAGGAAAAUGGAUGACAGUGACCAGGACAGCUGCCGACUAAGCAUCGACUCGCAGAGCAGCAGCAGUGGGCCCCGAAAGCAUCUUCGCACGGACGCCUUCAGCCAGCACCACCUUGAGCCACUUGAGUGCCCAUUUGAGCGGCAGCACUACCCAGAGGCCUAUGCCUCCCCCAGUCACACCAAAGGAGAGCAGGGUCUCUACCCACUGCCCUUGCUCAACAGCACUCUGGAUGAUGGGAAGGCCACUCUGACCCCUUCCAAUACACCCUUGUGGCGCAACCUCUCGACUCACCAGACCUAACCGGUGGUGGCAG